AUGGUCAUCUUCAAAUCGAGACAACCGCCUAUUGACCUGCCUACAGAGCUCACAGAUUGGGACUGGUCAUUCGAUUCAAAAUAUUCGCCAAUAACCCGAUUUCCACCUAAUGAGCUCAAUGGCUUCCAAAAUGCCGUCACCAAGGAGCGAGUCAGCUGGCUGGACGUGAAGAAGUACUCUACAUACAUUGCAACUGCCUUGACUAAGCGAUAUGGCCUUCGUGAAGGAGAGACGAUCUCGCUCUUCAGUCAAAACACCGUAUGGUAUCCUGUGGCUAUGUUUGCUGGACUCAGAGUAGGAGCCAGGAUAUCCGGAGCAAGCCCUGCUUAUAAUGUUGAGGAAAUGACGUUCGCACUUAAGACCGCCGAUGCUAAGUUCCUUAUGACUACCCCCGGGAGUAUGGAAGUUGCUAGCAAGAGCGCGGAAGCAGCUGGCUUGCCGAAAAGCAACGUCUUCUUACUUGAGGGUGAACUACCAGGCUACACAACUGUGCAGGAAUUGAUUAGGAUUGGCCAAGCGUAUGGAGAACAGGGACAGACGCCAGCAUUCAAAUUGCCCCCUGGCAAGAAGAAUAAGGAUGUCUGCGGAUUUCUUUCUUUCAGCUCGGGAACGACAGGCUUGCCUAAGGCUGUCAUGAUUUCGCACCAGAACGUCAUUGCCCAAUGUCUCCAGAUCGAGCAGAUCACGCCAAACACUCACAAGAAAAUCAUGGCCGUCCUGCCCUUGUUCCACAUUACCGGCCUUGUACACCAGAUGCACUUACCCAUCCUACUCAACGCUGAAGUCAUAAUGCUCCCGCAAUUCACAAUGGAAGGGAUGCUCAACACCAUCGUGGAAUACCAGCUCGGCGAGCUUCUCUUAGUACCGCCUAUUCUGAUUCGGCUGGUGCGCGAUCCAAUUGUCGACAAAUACGACCUGUCUCACGUCACACGCUUUUCCUCUGGCGCUGCACCAUUGAGCGAGGAGAUCAUCCAGCUCCUACAGAAGAAAUUCCCAAACACCGGUUUCAAGCAAGGAUACGGUAUGACGGAGUCUUGUUCAUGCAUCACCGCACACCCUCCGGAGAAGUAUGCGUACAAGUACGCGCAUUCAGGCGGCGCGGUCUGUGCUUCAACCGAAGUCAAAAUACUGAAGGAAGACGGGACGGAAGGUGAUGUUGGUGAGGUGGGAGAGGUGUUAGCAAGAGGGCCGCAGAUCGUGAUGGGUUAUCUCAAUAACGAGAAGGCGACGAGAGAUACCUUUGACGAAGACGGCUUCCUGCAUACUGGAGAUCAAGGCAUGAUCGAUGAAGAGGGCAUGAUCCAUAUCACGGACCGCAUCAAAGAGCUCAUCAAGGUGAAAGGCAUCGGUGUUGCACCGGCCGAACUUGAAGACCUACUCCUCGGCCACGACAAAGUCGAGGAUGUCGCUGUCAUGGGCAUUCUAGACGACUACUCGGGUGAGUUGCCCAAGGCAUACGUGAAGCUGAAAGACGGUGUGCAGGCGGAUACGGCUGUAGGAAUGGAGUUGAUUGCUUUUGUGAAGGAGAAGAAGGUGAGACAUAAGUGGGUGAAAGAGAUUGAGUUUAUACCUGAGGUACCGAAGAGUGCUAGUGGGAAGAUUCUGAGGAGAGUUUUGAGGGACAAGGAGAAGAAUGGGAAGGAUAGAGGUGUUGUGGUUAAGGACGAGGCCAAGGCUAAGCUCUAG